AAAUAGAUAGAUUCUAUGGUACCCUUAAGUUACCGUACUUUUGUUCACAUGGACCAAUGUUGAAAUUGAAUUAUUUAAAUCUAUGAUAGGUACGAUAGAUAUUCUUUAGAUAUCUAAUUUGCAUAAGAAUAAGCAAUAGCUAAAGACCAGCAACGUGCGUUUUGCCACCGCCUCCGCUGGUAAUGGCUGGAGAAAUAACUUCAGACACCAACCGGACCUUACCAGCGGUGUGUGUCUUACCACCGCCUCCGUCGCUAAUGGCCGGAGCAAUGGCUUCAGGCAUCAGCUCUUCCAUUACCAUACCACUAGAGUUCGAUUUACCACCGCCUCCCUUGCUAAUGGUUGGGACAAAGGAUUCAGCCAUUACCUCUUCCGGGAUCUUAACAGUGAGGAUUCAGGGGUGGUGGAUCCUCUUAAAUGCACGGGCUAUAUAUAGUGCUGCUCAUAGUUUUUGGUUGUUCACUCUGAGAAUUCAAAGGUGGGAUUGCCGCUUUGCCGGGGACUUCAGCUACUAAACGACGCCGCAUCCUUCGCAAUUUCCCAAUUAUUUCAAAAAAUUGACCUAAUUGAAAGGCAUUCAAAGGUGGGAUCAACGCUUUGCCUGGGAGCUUCCGAGCUUGGUUACCAAACGUCGUGGUAUUGCCGGCGACGUUAAAUUUUUUAAGGGAAAAUUCCCUAAAAAAUGAUUGUAAUGUUUUUUAUGUUUGAAAAUUCAAAAAAUAUGACUAUCAUGUUUUUUCCCCUAAAUAAAAGUAAUUACUGUCAAGUUUUAA